AUUGACCCGGACCCAGACCCUUUUUUCACCGUGUUUGGGAACGAGAACGUUUGCCUCGACACCAACAUACACGCUGCCGGUGAGUUGUUUUCAUGUUUUAUAUUCUUCUUUGAUGAUGAAUGAUGUAAUGCACUUGUGAAAACUGACAUAAACUGACCCACUUUUUGGUUGCAACUUGGCUUUUUAUGGACAACUUAUGAUGUUCAAAUGAUUGAGACUCUAGACUUUAGACGCAAUUGGAUUGGAUCGGGAUGUUUUGCUUACAAGUUUGCCACUGGACGGUUUCACCACUUACGCACCGAUCCUUGCCAGGCUCAGAAGCUUAAGUCACCAUGUGUUUCUCAGUCAUGGCGCUAGCAGCAAAUCUGAUGAUUGUGGAGGGCUUUGGCUUUGGAACAGGCAGCAUACCUUCUCACAUUGAGGCCCCAGUGAACCCACCGAGGCUGCCACCCAACGCACGGCGCGCUGGCAGAGAUGUUCAAGUCACAGACCCUGAGAUGCUGGCCGCACUUCAGCCUUCAGGAGGCCGUCGAGAAGUUUGCAAAUUUGGCUGGAAGUGCCAACGUGCCGGAUGCUGGUAUUCCCAUCCGGAGGGUCGCUUGGUCGAUGAGAAUCCCAGCAAGGCAUUGUGUGAUUGGGGUGUGAACUGCGAUAAGCUGGACUGCUGGCGGCUUCAUCCCCCUGAACGGGAUGCCAAAGUGGCGCACGUGCAGCCCUCGGACUUUGUGCUUUUCCUCGACGAGCUCUCCAUGCCAUCACGGCCGCAGCUGCAGCCAGACCCCUCGGAUCGGGAGGUCUUCAUUGAUCCGUUACCUGGAGAUCCAGGCUCUGAGGAGCUGCAGCAGUUUUUGGCUGCCUUCGGCGACUUCGAAGAGUUGUCGAUCUACCUGACCGCACCAGCCGGUGCCCACGUGGCCGGUGCCCGUGGCCCGGCACCGCCCUUCGCUUCCCACCGGCCAUGGCGGCGGAGCCUCGCACCAUGGAGCGAGGCUCCGGCCAUGCAUGCCGAUUUGCGACACUACAGCCAGACGCUGAAGUCCUACACUAAAGGAGCUGACUGGCAAGCUGCCUUGCUUUUGCUAGAUGACCUAGACAAAGCCGGUGCAGCCAAUGUCAUUCUGUACAGUGUGGCUGUGACCUCGUGUGAGCGUGGUCAGCAGUUGGCGCUGGGCAUCUCCUUGCUUCGGCGGGCGGAACGGCAGAAGAUUCAGCCCGACACAGUCAUGUACAACACUCUCAUCAGCAGCUGUGCCACGAGUUCUCAAUGGCCAUGCUGCGUUCACGUCCUCAGCCAAUUGAAGCAAGCGGCCGUUCCAGCGGAUGUGAUUUCCUUCAAUUCCGCUCUCAAAGGGUUUCGCUGUACCAGUGUGUGGUUCAAUGCUCUCAUUUUGCAACAGCAAAUUGGCCAGGCCCGUCUUCAAGCGUCGGUGGUGACGAUGAACUCGAUCAUCAGCUGUGAUGCUGGCUGGCCUCGGGCACUUGAGUCAUUUGCAUGGCUUCAGCAAGAGAAGUUGCCAGCGGAUUUGGUGACUUACAAUGCAGUCCAGGCUGCUUCUCCAUGGCCGCGCGCUUUCAGCUUCCUUCGAAGCAUUCGCAGAGAAGGGUUGGAGCCAGAUGUUGUGACGUUUGGAGCUCUUGUGGCUGGGAGUCGCUGGGAGUGGUCUUUGCAGCAUCUUCAGUCUGACUUCCCCACCAAUGCGGUGGCCUACAACGCCUGCUUGGCGCUUCUUCCGUGGCAUGGGGCCAUGCAUGUGUUAAAACUUAUUCGAUUCCAACAGCUGCGGGUGACGGCCAGAACUCACAACAUCCUUUUGUCCACGGCACGCGCAGCGGGACGAUGGAAGGCUGGUUUUCAUGCAGUGGAGCAGCGGCGGGGCCUGGGAUUGGCAGAGGACCAGGUGACCUGCCACAUAUCGAUGAAACUUUGUGAUUGGGCCUUUGCCACCCAGCUUCUGCGCAGAAUGCAGGCCUUGACGUUGAGAUCUGACCUCAUCUCUUAUAGCUCUUUGAUGAGUCCCAGCUCCGGCCAGCCUUGGGAACUCUCCCUGGCGCUUCUCGCCCAGUUGCAGGGCAUCUCCUUGGAGCGGGACCUCAUGGUACAGAACACGGUGACGAGCUCGAUCGCUGCAGACACCGCGUGGCAGCUGAGCGCAUCUUUGCUGACACAGCUCCCAUUGGUCCAGCUGCGCGUGGAUGCGGUCGCCUACAGCGAGGUGGCGGUGGCACUGGCCCGUGGUGCUUUGUGGCAGAAGACGCUUCAAAGUGCCUGGGGUGCCGGCCGGAGGGUGCGCCCGGUCGGAGUGGUCUCCUUCAAUGCGGCCGUGAGCUCCAUGGAGCGUGAAGGGCGGUGGGAUUGGGCGUUGUGCAUCAUGAAUUCCCUCCAAGACGAUCGCCUGGAGGCCACGAGCAUCACCUGCAACGCCGCCUUGAGCGCCUGCGGAAAGCGCGAAGAGUGGUCCACCGCGGUGGAGCUCUUUGCACGUGCGCAGCGCCAGGGCCUUGGCCGCUUCUCUCCCAGCCUCAUCACCUUCAAUGCCUUGAUUGGCACUUGCCAUUGGCGUCGUAGCCUGUGCCUAUGGUUGAAGCUCAAGAGAGUUGGCUUAAGGGGAGAUGCCAUUACUUGCAGCAGCGCCAUCAGCUCGGUCGACACCGCGUCUUGGCCCAAAGCCUUGGGCCUUUUCGGUGAGAUGCCGCUGUUGAGCAUCGAGGUCAGCCACUUGACCCGAAGUUCAUUGAUGACUUCCUUGUGUGACAGCGCACGUCGAUGGCAGCAUGUCCUCUACCUGUUGGAAGGUGCGAGUGAGGAGGAAUCGGUGGCCGAUGCGCUAAGCUAUUGUACAGCCAUUGAUGCUCUAGAUCCUGCCAAGCAGUUGCUCUUGGUCACCCGGCUUUGCGCCGAGCUGCAGACGAAAGCGCUGCAACCCUUGAUGGGUCAAACAUAGUCGUGGCUGCUGUCGCGAGACACGACUUGACACGGCACGAGGAAUUGGUGAGCGGGAUUGCCAGUGAUUGUACAAUACAGUGGUGUAUGCAUGUGUAUGCCAUAUACGAGCUGGUGGUAGCUGGAUUGAUUGGAUUUGGAGUUGGUUGGUGC